GUGUAACAAAAUGAUUUUUUUUUUCUUUUUCCUUGUUUGAAAGCGUUAUUUCCUGUUUAAUUGUGCGGGACUGACAUUGAAAGGAGUUGCCCUACUCCAGAAACUUAGUUUUUGUGGCUGCAACAAACUACAGUAUGUUGAAUUGAUUGAAACUCAAGGAGAGAUUGAUUGGAAAACUAGAUCAAAACGACCACAAAAACAAAAUUUUGGCAGUUGAAUAAACUUUUUCCAUGUUUUUACGACAGAACCAAUUAGGAAAUGACAUUUAUAACCCAGGAACAAAAGUCGUAUUACAGAGUGUUAUUUUGGAAGAAGUUGCCAAGAGGGUUGUAGAAUUGCACUUACCUGCCCAGUAUGCUGCUGCGAAGAGGCCCUUCUUCCCUCCGAUGGAAAACCACAAAAAGGAAAACGGGGCUUUUCAGCGCCCCAAAGGUCCUGUUUUCUCUGCAAAGAGGCCUGGAUUCCUUUGGAGGAGAAGCUAUGGAGCAGCCCCACAUUGGCAACCCCUUCCAGGAAGACCCUCUACUCAAGAGCUACCUGGGAUCCCACUUACCUGCCCAGAUCUUUCGGGAGGUUAGUCUUGACCUGGAUCGGUUUGGGGCUCGAGUCACGAAGGAGAUUGACUUCCUGGGCCGUGAGUGCGAAUUACAUCCCCCCAGGCUCCUUACUUUUGACCCUUGGGGUCAGAGGAAGGACCAACUCCUGACCUGCGCAGCCUGGAAGCAGAUGAAGAAGGUGGCAGCUGAGGAAGGCUUGGUUGCUAUGGCCUAUGAGAGGAAAUACGCUCAAUGGAGCCGCCUUGUCCAAAUCAGCAAACUCUUCCUCUUUGCGGCUUCUUCGGGCCUCUUCAGCUGCCCUUUAGCCAUGACCGAUGGGGCCGCCAAGGUCAUUGAGUCCUUAGGUAUCCCCCAGCCCUUGGAGGAUGCCUUCUCCCACUUGACCUCUCGUGACCCCCAAAUGUUCUGGACCUCUGGACAAUGGAUGACUGAGAGAAAAGGGGGCUCCGACGUGGUCGGGAGCACGGAAACCAUUGCCAGAGAGCAGUCUGAUGGAACUUAUAGUCUUCAUGGCUUCAAAUGGUUCACUUCGGCCCCUGAUUCGGAUGUGGCCUUGGCCCUGGCCAGGAUCAUGACCCCACAUGGAGCGACCAAAGAGGGCCUCUCCUUGUUCUAUCUCCAAUUAUUGGAUGGCGAAGGGAAGCGAAAUGGGAUGGAGAUCCGAAGAUUGAAGGAUAAACUGGGGACGAGGCAGUUGCCGACGGCUGAAAUAUUAUUGGAUGGCGCCAAGGCCUUGCGGAUCUCGCCCGAAGGCCGCGGCGUGCCCUCCAUCGCCGCUAUGUUGACCAUAACCCGGAUCUACAAUGCUAUCUCCGCGGCAGCUGCCAUGAGGAGAGUGACCCACUUGGCUAGGGACUAUGCCACCAAACGGGAGGCCUUUGGGAAAACCCUGAAUGAUCAUCCACUUCAUGUGCAGACUUUGGCCCGGAUGGAGGUCCAGUCACGGGGCGCCUUCUUGCUGCUGAUGGAGACGGCCCGGCUCUUAGGGUUGGAGGAGGCCAAGAUGGCUGAUAUGAGAGAGCUCCACCUGCUCCGCCUCCUGACCCCCGUCCUCAAGCUCUACACCGCCAAACAGGCAGUUGCGGUGGCCUCUGAAGGCCUAGAGUGUUUUGGAGGCCAGGGCUUCAUGGAGGACACAGGGCUGGCGGCGAUCCUCCGAGAUGCCCAGGUGCUGCCCAUUUGGGAAGGGACCACGAACAUCCUCUCCCUUGAUGUCCUGCGCUCCAUUCACAAAAGCCACGGAGACGCCAUGCAGGCCUUUCUCUCCAGCGCACAGGCUAAGAUGGCAUCCGCUCUGGGUUCCCCAGACCUAAAAACAUCCGUUCAAGUAGUCCAGAAAUCCCUCCAGAAACUCCAGAAAUUCUCUGAGGAAAUGGGACCCAAAGAGACCUCUGAGGCCCAGAUGGCAGCCAGAGACUUCGCCUAUUCGCUUGCCUUGAUCUACGGAGGAGUCCUGCUUCUGGAGCAUGGGGCAAGGACCAAGGCCUCUUCCGCAGACAUCGCUGCAGCACAGAGGUGGUGCCUCCUCCAAGACCUGUGCCCGGUGUCCCGAGCGGAAGAAGCCGGAGCCUACAAAAUGGCCGCUGCCACCAUGGACACUACUUUGGUUUUUGAGGGACAUUCCCUUCACAGAGGGACAUAAAAUGGACGCAUGAACCCAUGUGAAGGAGAGGAAUUAUGCUAAAGAUUAGAUCAGACAUUGAAUUUAAAGUUAAGACAUUUGUGGAUGACAUGGUGGUUAUUACAGAAGAUCCUAUAAAGAAUAUACCAAAUUUGAUGGGAAUAAUGAGUAAGUAUGGAAGUGUGGGAGGUUUUAAAAUGAACAAAGAGAAAAUGAUGUUUUUAACUAAAAAUCUUUUAAAAAUAAUAUUGAUAAACUGGAGAGCAUUUCAGCAUGGAAGGUCACAAGGAAAAUUAAAUAUUUAGGAGUAUGAAAACUAAUAAUAAUUUAUAUCAAGAUAACUAUGGGAAGGCAUAGAAGGAGGUUGAAAAAGACCUGGAUAGAUGGCAAAGGAGUCAAUUAUUCCGGUUAAGAAGGAUAGUUGUGCUAAAAAUGAUUUUACCAAAAAUGCUGUUUCUAUUUCAAAAUUUAAAAAUAAUUAAGAGAGUGAAGGUUUUUGAGAAAUGGAGAAAGGAUGGUUAAAUGUAUAUGGAAUGGAAAAAAGGCUCCCAACAAAGAAUUCCCACAGGCAGGAAGCUGUAAAGCUUUGAAGCUACAAGGCCAUUCAGUGCUAAUCAAGGUGGCCAGUUGCAACAUUCACACUUGCCUCCAGCAGACAAGAGUUCUUUCUCCCACCCUGGAUAUUCCACAGAUACAUAAACCCCACUUGCCUAGUUUCCAACAAACUUCACAAUAUCAGGAUGCCUGCCAUAGAUGUGGGCAAAACGUCAGGAGAGAAUGCUUCUGGCCAUACAACCCGGAAAACUCACAGAAACCCAAGACUAGAAUUGCAUAUAGAAAUCUAAUAGAUGCGAAAGAUAGAGGAGGAUUGGUGCUCCCAGAUCGUAGAUACUAUUAUGAAGCUGCACACUUUUGUUAGCUAUAGGACUGGAUUAAAUAAAAAAAUCAAGCUUUACUUAGUCUAGAGGGGCACAGUCUGAGAUGUGGCUGGCAUGCCUAACUAUGGUGUGGAAAAGAGAAGGCUAACAAAGAUUUUAGUAGACAUCCAAUAAGAGCUAACCUUCUAGUGAUGUGGGAAAGAUACAAGGAAGUGAUGGAGCAGAAAAUCCCUUUACGGCUGCGCCCUUUGGAAGCAGUGUUAAAAACCAACAUACAACGAGGAACUGAAAACUUAUAAGGAAUAUCCAAUUGAAGAAAAAGGGCAAUAGAAACUAAAAGGGAGAGAAAAGUUAGGGAUCAGUGACUGGUUUCGUUAUCAUAAAUUACACAAUGUAUUUAGGAAAGACAAUAAAGUUGGGUUUGCCAAAAGGAAA